AUGGUCAACAUUACAGAAAAGAUCAAGGAGAUCGAGGCCGAGAUGGCUAGGACUCAGACCUAUGCAGAGUACCAUUUGGGUCUUCUCAAAGGAAAACUUGCCCGCCUGAGAGCACAACUACUAGAGCCUGGCCCAGGUGCAGGCGGCCCCGGCGGAGAAGGUUUCGAUGUCAGUAAAAGUGGUGAUGCUCGUAUUGCGCUCGUCGGUUUCCCCUCGGUCGGUAAAUCGACAUUCAUGGGAAAAAUUACGAAAACGCAAUCAGUGGUCGCAGCAUAUGCUUUCACUACGCUUACUGCCAUUCCUGGUGUUCUUGAGUACGGAGGUGCUGAAAUCCAGAUUCUCGAUUUGCCUGGUAUCAUUGAAGGUGCCGCAGAAGGCAAGGGUCGUGGAAGACAGGUCAUCAGUGCCGCAAAGACCAGCGAUAUGAUCUUGAUGGUGUUGGACGCAACAAAAAGGGCCGAGCAAAGAGCUCUACUAGAGGCUGAACUGGAAGCAGUCGGCAUCAGAUUGAACAAGGAGCCACCGAACAUCUACCUGAAGCCCAAAAAAGCCGGAGGCAUGAAGAUUACCUUCCAGACUCCUCCCAAGAACGGCCUCGACGAAAAGAUGCUGUACAACAUUCUUCGCGACUACAAGAUUCUAAAUUGUGAAGUGCUUGUUCGUGACGAGAACGUCACCGUCGACGACUUCAUUGACGUUAUCAUGAAGGACCACCGCACAUACAUUAGAUGUCUUUACGUCUACAACAAGGUCGACGUCAUCGGUCUUGACCACAUGAACACGCUGGCGAGAGAGCCAAACACCGUCAUAAUGAGUUGCGAGCUCGACUUGGGCGUCAGAGAUGUAGUCGAUCGAUGCUGGGAAGAACUCCGCUUGAUCCGUGUCUACACAAAGAGAAAGGGUAUUGAUCCAGACUUCAGCGAGGCUCUCAUUGUUCGCGGCAACUCGACAAUCGAAGAUGUAUGUGAUGCCAUUCAUCGCAACCUCAAGGAGAGCUUCAAGUAUGCAUUGGUGUGGGGCGCUUCUGCUAAACACGUUCCUCAAAGAGUUGGUUUGGGUCACGUCGUGUGCGAUGAGGAUGUGGUGUCAAUUGUUGGUACCAAGUCUGGUCUUGCAGCAAAAUAA